UCAAGUGUACCAGUAGUAUAUAAGCUGUCCUUGCGAGUGGAAGAGUGUGUGAGAGACUGCUCCUUCACUGAGAGCGUAGUAUACCUCGAGCAGAGAAAAUGCACAUGAUUUGAGACCGUUAUAGCUGAAAGCUAUCGAUCACUUCCGAAAAUGUUCUGAUUUUCGGACGUGGACUAGAGCGCACGUUGACUACUAAGAAUACGAGUUUUCGGACGGUGGUGUUACACUUCGGUAAUGUGCAAAUGUGACACCUUCAUUUAGUUGGCAUACGGCAGCGACGGUCACAAUCGUGGAUCCUGAGGUGUCGCAGGUAAAAUGGACAGCACCGCUUCAGCAGCUUUCGAAGCUUUGGGAUGUGUGUGUUCCGGCUCUGAGGCCUAGCCCUGCCGAACCUCAGAAUGUUGAAGAGGAGGAGCCAACGGCAGCCAUUACACCUCUAUUGAGGCCCUGGAUAAUUUCUUCUAGAUUCAUUCAAGUAGUUUCGUUGCAGUCAGAUCCAGUUCUCAGGCGCUGUGCAUCGUGCAUUUUCAUCAAGCAAAGUAAUCAAAUUAGCUCGAGUAUCAGAUAUACUGGCCCAAUGGUGAGCAGAGACAUGCAGGGUACUGACUUGAACUUCGAUUCACGGAAUCGAAGGCUAGAGGAAUCAACACUUGGAGGACACCACCCUGCGGACCUUGCCUACCGAGAUUUUUCGGGCAAGCCCUCUGAUAUGACUACAACUGGAGCUCAUAAGGCAACCAAAUAUCUAUACGCUCUGAUCAUGGCCGAAUAUUUGUGUAUGAUCAUGUUCACCAUCAACCUCGUUCCGUAUCUGGUUGGGAAGUUACACCUGGGGAUCUCGUCUGCCUCAAACAUGGUGAAUUAUUUUACAGCCACCAGCUUCAUGGUCUCCGUUCUAGGAGCGUUCAUUUCAGAUGCCUAUCUGGGACAGUACAGAACCAUUAUGGUUUCGACCGUCUUCGUAUCAGUGGGCUUGUUAACCUUGACUGUUGUGGUGACAUCUCCCACUCUGAAACCCGAUGACUGUGUACCUACUGCGACUAGUUCUUGCCAGUCCGCUGGCUCGAAGAUCAUGGUUCCCACGUAUGUUGGUCUCUACCUUGUUGCAGUGGGUGCAGGAGGUAUCAAACCCAACCUUUCAUCGUUCGGAGCUGAUCAGUAUGACGAUAAAUCACCGAAGGAGAAGAGACAGAGCAAACACUUCUUCACGUACGACUUUCUGGCUAUUCAGAGCGGCGGAGUAUUGGCGGUGAGUUUGGCAGUGUACCUUCAAGAUCAAGUGAACAGAGGCUGGGGCUACGGCGUGCCCUUGCUGAUAUUUUUGAUUUCAACAUUCAUCUUCGUCAUGGGUGCUCCUCGGUACAGACACAAGCCUGCAGCUGGCAGCUUCCUCGUCCGCUUGGUGCAGGUGUUCGUGGCCGCCUUUCGCAACAGACAUGUUGCACUGCCUCUGGACAAUAAUGAGCUCUGGGAGGUUCACAAUGCAGGUGGCUACUCGGCCAUCAGUGGAGUUCCCAAACUACCCCAUUCCGACAAGCUGAGAAUUCUUGACAAGGCAGCCACAAUCCCCAAGCACGACUGCCCAGCUGCCGAUCAUCCGAAUCCCUGGAGGCUUUGCACGGUAACGCAAGUGGAAGAAACGAAGAGAAUACUUCGAUUAAUACCGAUCUGGCUAACAACAUCCCUUGUUUACAUUUUCUUCGCCGAGCUCGUGAGCUUCUCCGUGCUAGCAGCAUCAAGCAUGGACCGGGAGUGGGGUGACAACUUCGUUGUUCCUGCGGGAUCUACUGCACUCUUCAACUUCAUUCCCAGCCUCUUCUUCGUCCCUUUUUACACAAUCGUUCUGAUCCCUCUCAUCCGAAAAUUCACCGGCCAUCCCAUGGGACUCAGCCCUCUGCAACGCAUCGGGGGAGGGAUGUUUGUCGCUGUCAUCGCCUGCGUCAUCGCUGGCUUGGUGGAGAAGAAGAGAGUGCACGAAAUCAGAUCUCGCGGCCUUGAGACCGCACCUCUGGGAACAUUUGUGCUUCCCUUGACCAUCUUCUACCUGUUGCCUCAAUACCUCCUGUCGAUGGUGGUUGAGUUCAUGAUGCUGGUAGGCCAGCUGGAAUUCUUCUACGCUGAGACCUCAGAUGGGGUUCGAAGCAUCGGAACGUCGUUCACUUAUUCUUCUGUGGCCAUCGGCUUCUACCUGAGUACUUCCGUGGUCGAUGCUGUAAACAGCAUCACCCGCAGGCACUUCGGGGGCUCGUGGCUCGAAACAAAGAUCAACGACGGAGGGCUUGAGAAGUACUGGUAUUUUCUGGCGACGCUGCUCGCCUUCGACCUCCUUGUCUUCAUGCUGCUGGCUUAUCUGUACGAGUAUAAUCUGACAAGCGCUCCCCUGUCAGACUCUUCGGUCGCCAAAGGCAGAGAGCAUGACCCGGAAAUCUAGGCGUCCAAGCCUCUGUCUUCUAUAACUACUUUGUCUAUUCUUUAUGCAAAUGCUGCGUCCUCGAAAUGUCUUCUUACUUGCUUUCUCUCAUUCCGAGUUUAAUGAACAAAUCAAUUUUAUUAUCUUGGCUUUUGCCGACCGAUACGCCCAGAUCACUCGCCGCCACAUUCUUCCUCUCGAGAUCGACUGUCGUGUGUCCUUGCCCGCGAGUAGCAACUCACAGCUCUACUGACUCAUGAUUUGAAUCGAUCUCAGAGAUCUUCGACUCUUAUUCUCAUCGCCCGAUGGAAGUUUACUUAAAAUUAUUGUGCGUGACAUGAAAUAACUGCGUUCUCAACAACUGCAGUUUCUUUAUAGGUCAGGUAUAAUCUUAUGGUGAGCCAUGAACUAUUUAUGGAUAGCAUCUGUUCAAUUACGAUUGCACUGUAUCCGGUCGUGGUCACCGUCCCUACGAUUCUCUGGCAAGAUACUGAGAUAUUUUGGCUCUAUUAUCUAACCUCAGCGGAGAGUAGAUGUUUUGAAUCUCGCUGGGAUCCAUCCGAUUACGAUGCAAACUCAAGUUAUGGGCAGCCGG